ACGAUCUGGUCUUCGAUCAGGAUGGCAAGCAGUCUUUUGGCGAAGCUCCUCUGAUAGAAACGCGCCAGCAUGACUCCCUCUUUCAUAGGAUAAAGAGGGGAUUCUAUGAUUUUUUUGGCCCAGCUGAAUCGGCAAGCACUACUACCGAGGCUUCAGAAUCUGCGGACGACAACGCGGACAAUGAGCUGAACAACGCUCCCCCAAUUGAGCCAGACGGGGAAAAAGGGCCUCAAGCGUCUGGUGUAAAGGCUCCUGCAAAUUUAGAAAGAUUGACCCGCAAUAGUGCGGAGGAAUACGACGAAGCUGACGAGAACAACGAGGUUGGAAAUGCUGCCGAGGCACGAAAGGAGCCAGUGAAUUUCGGCAACACCGAUGACGAAGAGCUGGCUGGAUCCGGAGAAAACGAAGGCAGCGCAUUCGACGCAGACAAAACACCUCUACAUUACGUACCUAGCAGAAAAGAAAGAAAGUACUACAGAAUAACGUUGACUGUUGGAGAACCGUACAGGAGAGAAUAUGCUGACAGGAGUAGCAGAGAGUAUAAGGAACUGAGUGGUAACCUGACGCAACAGCUCGAAGAGCUGCUGAACCGGGACAUUCCAAAUGAAAGUCACCAUGUCAACGUUGUGAAAAUAUCGCCAACGUCCGCCGACAGCUUCACGUCACAAGUUACUCUAGACAUCGGUUCGACGUUCGCGGACGAAUCCGAGAUGCAGCACAUCAUCGAGAACCAACUGCAGUACCACUCGUUGGGCAACGUCCAAGUACGUCCUGACGAGUUUUUCUUCAGAAGAGCCCAAGUCGGGGGAAGUAUUGACGUGCCAGAGUGCGAUCAGUCGACCGAGUUGACGUGUAGAGAUGGCGAAUGCGUGCCGCUAGAAGGACGCUGCGACGGUGUUCCAAACUGCAAGGAUGGUUCUGACGAGGAGGGUUGCCCCGAAACGACAACGCACGUCGAGGGCGUCACAGAGGUCCACAAAGAAUUCCAAGAACCCGAGAGGAACCUGAUAACGCAGACGAACGUUGCGACCGUCGCGAAAGAAAGCGACACGAGAGCAUCGAGCAAGUGUCGCGCCGACGACACGGUCCGUUGUAGCGACGGAAGUCGUUACAUCUGCUCUGUGCAGCAGUGUGACGGCGUCAAGGACUGUGACGACGGCGAUGACGAGAACGGUUGCCCCCAUCCAGGCUGCAGUCCCGGCGAAUUCGCCUGCGACGUGUCCAGGUGCAUCUUGGAGUCUCAGAGGUGCAACUUCGUUCAGGAGUGUGACGAUGGGAGCGACGAACAUGACUGCAGCUAUCCUGCUUGCACCGCCUCGCAAUUCAAAUGCAGAAACGGUCAGUGUAUCGACAGCAGCGCCCGCUGCAAUAACGUGAAGGAUUGUUUAGACAAUUCAGACGAGCACAACUGCCCUUGCAGAGAGAACGAAUUCGAAUGCACCCCGGGUUUUUGCUUGCCCGUGUCGAAAGUCUGCGAUGGAUUCAUGGAUUGUGGAAAUGGGAAGGAUGAGGAAAAUUGUCAGCACAUAACUCUGUGUCGAGCGGACGAGUUCCAGUGCUUAGACGGAACUUGCGUGAGCCAGACCGCGAGAUGCGACGGAAGAUCCGACUGUCGAGAUCGUUCUGACGAAACCAAUUGCACUGUGACAACCUGCAGCGGAGAUCAGUUCAGGUGUCUGGAUGGAACUUGCAUCAGUAUCGACAAGAGAUGCAAUCAGAACAUAGACUGCCGCAACGGAGAGGACGAGAGCCAGUGCGGUUGCGGAGAGGCCUAUUUUCGCUGCAAUCAGGAUGGACGGUGCAUCGGUUACGAGUUGCAGUGCAACGGGGUGGAGGAGUGCUCUGAUGGCUCUGACGAGAGGGACUGCGAGAAUGCCCCGUGGAAGAACAUGUACAACGACAAGCGUAUAUUUCAAAAGUAUCUGGAAGCGAGAAAUCGAAUGUGGAGACGCGUCAGCGAGCCAAAAUGGCUGACACUGUCGACUCGGAAGCAGAUCGUGAAGAAAUACACUGUCGACGAUCCGUCCUUGAAGAAAGCACCUCGCCACGAAACGAAGUAUCCAGCUGAGUAUCCAAGGCUGAACUCCAAAACAAAGAGCAAGACAGGCGAGAAUUUUUACAGAAGUCUCAGGUCUGCGAAGAGUAUGCUACGUUCCUUGGGUGAAGGGAAGAACCUCGCUGAGAGAAAGCAGAAGAAGAAGAAGAAGAAGAAGAAGCACCAACGUGAGAAGAUUGCUCUCAAAAGUGAUUCGAAUUUAUUUAUUUACGAGAAUGCAACGUCUACGAGUAAUGAGGCGCCAGUUUCAACGAACUCCGCGGCUUCGACGACCUUGGUCGACGAAGAGAAGGGUCGCGGGAAGAAGAAGUGGAGAAAGGGCAAGAGAAAGAGGCAGAAGGGUAAAUUCAAACACUCGAAACGUCCGAUAAAUUCCACGACGUUAGAAAUCGUUAGUUCGACUGUCUCCAGUGAUAGUCGAAAUUCAAUGGGAAACGAAAUACCUUCCAUUGGUCAGAUUCGUGGAAAGAUCGAGAGAACAAGCACUUGGAGAAUUUUCGAGGAUACUACACUACCAAAAUUUGAAAUCGAGCCUUCUACAGAGGAAAACGAUGAAGUAAACAGCACGACAGAAACUGUUCCCUCUGUUUCGGUGAACGAUGAAUCUGUUAUUCCCACGGGAACGAGUGAGAAACUGUUUUCCUCCACAGACGAAACCGUGAAACCCACCACAGAAACGAACUGGAAUUUUAACGAACGAGUUAAUCUCAUUGGCUCUUCAGAGGCUGAACGUUCGAACUGGUCCUCCGAGGAAGAUCUGAACAGGAAUUUGAACGCAGUCUUGGAAGAAGAGACGACGAGAUCGUACUCGAUGGAUGGGAACACUUCGAACGUGUUCAGGAUUAAACAUUCGUCCAAGGAGGAACUGGCAAUUACAGACGAAACUAGCCCGAGUACCGAAAUAAAUUCGCAAAGCAUUACGAUUGCCGACGACUCCAGUCAGAACUCUGUAGAGGCAUCGGGCAGCAGAGAAGAAAUUCAUGGCUACAGGGCAAAGAAAGGCGGCAAACUGGCGAAAUUUUUUCACAAAUACUUGGAGGGGCGAGCGUCGUCCUCACCAUCCCCGCUAUCGACGAAGAAAAAUAUUUCCGACGUGCCUAAGAUUCAGUAUUCGUCCAAGGAGACGAUACCUAUGGAUGAAACCACACUGUCAGAUUUGAGAAAUUCUUACCAAGUUACAGAGAGAGGCGAGAAUUCUGAUUCUGCAGAGACUGGUCAGAAUUCUGUCGAGACAUCGGGCAGCAGGGAAGAAAUUCAUGGCUACAGGGCAAAGAAAGGUGGCAAACUGGCGAAAUUUUUCCACAAAUACUUGGAGGAGCGAGUGUCAUCCUCGAAGAGAACUAUAUCUGACGUGGCUGAGGCUAAACAUUCGUCCAAGGAGCAACUCAUAAAGGAUCAAAGCUCGGAGAGGAUAUUCGUAGAUGAAACCACGCUCAGAAAUUCUUACAAGACCGCAAAAAGAAACGACAAUUCUGGUUCUGUAGAGAGGUCAGACAGCAGAGAAGACAUUCGUGGCUACAAAGCGAAGAAAGGUGGCAAACUAGCGAGAUACUUUCACAAGUACUUAGAGUCAACUGCCCUUCCAAAUCUAGAUUACGAAGAUUACAUCGACUACAAUCUAUCCGCGAAGCUAGAGUCACUGUUGUUCGAGUCCAGCUCCAAGAUCUUGAUAGACCUGUUGAGCGGUGCCAGGUUGUCCAACCACAAGAACCUCCCGAGCUCGACCUCCGUCCAACGAGCUCUACAGUUGUACAACUGCAGCUUGACCUGUGCUCCAUGCAAGGAGAGAGUGUCGGAGCUGGAAGCGAAGUUGAAAGCAGCCCUCGAGAACUCCCUGAGGAACGAGGUGAAAGUUGACUCAGGUCUGAUCGAGGAGACCACGUUACUUUCCAGGCUAGAGGACGACAGUUAUUCAGACUCGUUGCAGGAUCUCUCGGAGUUGUCAGAGGUGUUCAGCCCUGAUUUAAACGUGGCGCCGACUUACAACUACCUGAAUAUCACGGAGUCACCCGCUUUGGUGGAGACGCUGACCGAGGCAGACUGGGUCAGAGACAACACCGGUUACUACUCGUUCUCCACGGAAGGCCAAGAUAUUGUUGACCAAGAGGAAGAGCAAGUUCAACAGAGCGAUAUGAAAGUGGACGACUCUACGGUUUCCACGAGUUUCUUCUCAGUCAGUGCUCUGCCUGGGAGGAACGAGGAGUCGAGCACAAGGAGGCUCAGAGCUGACCAGAAUUUCAAGGAAGACGACGAAGAGGAUGUCGCAGAGACGACAAGCACCGCAGAUUCCAACGAGACUCGACCAACAACGGACAACUGGUGGCAAACCUCGGACGACGAUCUGGCAAAGUGCGACCCGGACCAGUUCCUCUGCAACGAUGGCACCUGCAUCGGUUUGUACCUGGCGUGCGACGGAUACUCGGACUGUCCAGACGACAGCGACGAGCUCGACUGUCGCGGGAACACGAUCGAGGAUUAUGAGAACGGGAUCGACGGGUCCGGUGGGAACUCGUCGUCGUGCUCGAGAUGGGAGUUCGCCUGCGACGGUAGUUGCAUCAGCAACAGCUUCGUCUGCGAUAACGUGAGGCACUGUAAGGACGGAUUAGACGAGGAAGACUGUGGCAUUGAAGAACGGGAAUGCACACCCACCCAGUUCAAAUGCGUCAUCGGGAACAAGUGCAUCGAGGGUGUCUACAGGUGCGACGGCCACCCGGAUUGUCCGGAUCACAGCGACGAAGAUUGCGCUAACGAAACCAUUACACACGCCACUCCACCUAUCAGCCAACCAUGGCCAGGCUGGGCAACCGAGAGCCCGAGGAAAUGCGAUCCAAGCAGGGAAAUGCGUUGCGACAACGGACAAUGCGUUCUGCUUCGACGCAAAUGCGACAAUAUCUUCGACUGCCUCGAUGGUAGUGACGAGCGUGGUUGUGGGGUCUGCACACCUGCCGAAUGGAAAUGUGCCAGUGGUGAAUGCAUAGCAGAGAUCGAGAGGUGCGACAAUGUAACCCACUGUGCUGACGGAUCUGACGAGUUUGGAUGCGUAAACGAAUGUCCAGCUGGAAUGUUUCGAUGCAACGAUGGAUUGUGCGUGGACAGUAAGAAACGUUGUGAUGGUCGACGGCACUGUUUGGAUGGCUCGGACGAGAUCAAUUGCCAGUGUCCCGAUGGCCAGCUACCGUGCGACAAUGGGAUCUGCAUCAUGAAGAACUUCUUCUGCGACAACAAUGUCGAUUGCCUCGAUGGUAGCGACGAACGCGGCUGUAACAACGUUGUGACACCACCAGCAGGAUGUCGGGCUGACGAGUUCACGUGUCGCGAUGGAACGUGCAUCCCGCAAUCGGCUGUCUGUGAUCGACGACCAGAUUGUCCUCACGAAGAUGACGAGGCGAACUGUCUGCAAGGCUGUGGCAAGGAUCAGUUCCAAUGCAUGAAUGGAGAUUGCAUCAGGGCUGAUCAACAGUGCAACGGUUUCAUCGACUGUGCUGAUGGAUCUGACGAAGAUUGUACUCCAUUAGGUCCUGAUCCAAUGCCUGGUAGUUGCCCAUCCGGCUACAUUAUGUGUACCAGAGAUAAACACUGCGUACCACAGUCCUCACUUUGCAAUGGUGUGCCAGAAUGCAGAGACAGAUCCGAUGAAGAAAAUUGCUACGGAGAACCUUCUCAUCUCAGCUUGAAGACGUAUCCAAGCGAGCAGGUGAUCAAAGAAAAUCCAGCGAAGCAAGGUCGCGAGGUGGUGUUCCAAUGCCGCGACGAAGGUCCACUCCGCGCGAGAGUUCGCUGGCUCCGCGGGAACAAUCUUCCUCUGCCACCCGGAGCUCGAGACAUCAACGGACGUCUGGAAAUCCCGAACAUCCAGCUGGAUCACGCGGGGCUGUACGUCUGCGAGGCUGUUGGCUUCCCUCAGUCGACUCCUGGCCAACAAGUGACGGUGUACCUAACCGUGGAGAAGUUCGACCCACCAGCAACGAGCAGACCUCACGCGUGCCAGUACGACGAGGCCACCUGCAGCAACGGCCAAUGCAUCCCCAAGCCGUACGUGUGCAACGGUAGGCUAGACUGCACGGACGGUUCCGACGAGAUGCGUUGCAGCCCCCACGGCUGCGAGCCGAAUCAGUUCCGCUGCAACAACACAGAAUGUGUGAGCAAAGUGUGGCGCUGCGACGGCGACAAAGACUGCGCCGACGGCAGCGACGAAGAGAACUGUACACCGAACCCACCGGGCUCUCCCUGCCGGUACACAGAGUAUGCCUGCGCCAGCCACGACCAGUGUAUACCCAAGAGUUACCACUGCGACCUGGAGAGAGAUUGCAUAGACGGUAGCGACGAAGUAGGAUGCUCGCCGGUCUACAUAGUGAGGCCACCUCCGCCGAUGAUCAUCCUGUCUCAAGGGGAAAUAUUGAUCAUCACCUGUACAGCUAUCGGCGUGCCUACCCCUGUGAUCAACUGGCGUCUGAACUGGGGCCACGUCCCUCCAAAGUGCACCAUGACGUCGAUAAAUGGAACUGGAACGCUCACUUGCCCGGACAUCCAGCCAACCGAUCAAGGAGCCUACUCCUGCGAGGCGUUGAACAACGCUGGCUUUGUAAUCGCCACGCCUGACGCCAUCGUGAUUGUGAACAAGACCGGGGGAGAGAUUUGCCCCAAGGGGAUGUUCAAUUCUGAAGCUAAAACUGUGGACGAGUGUAUCUCUUGCUUCUGUUUCGGCGUGGCUACCCAGUGCCACAGCGCCAAUCUGUUCACCUAUCACAUUCCCCCGCCUUUCGAUCGGCACAGCGUCGUGUCGGUGAGAACCGAGCCCAGCUUCGAGAUUCUCAAUGACGUUCAGCUUCAGAUUGUCAGGGGCAUCGACAGAGACGGGGUGCAGCUUUACGAGCCGAACACGCUCUCCUUCACGUCGAGGGCCGAAGAGAGCGUCGCCUACUUCGAAAUGCCUGAGAUCUAUCACAGGAAUCAGUUGAAAUCCUACGGUGGCUAUUUGAAGUACAGGCUACGUUACAACGGGACUGGCAUACCGAACUCUGCACCGUCAGUUAUUCUCACUGGAAAUAAUUACCGAUUGGUGCACGAAGGGCGGCAGGCGAUACCAGGUUACGAUAACGAAGAGACUGUCAGGUUCUUCCAGGACGAAUGGUACAGGCAACAAGGAGGUACCAAGAUCCCUGCCACCAGAGAAGACAUCAUGAUGGCACUGGAGAACGUGGACAAUAUUCUGAUCAAAGUACAAUACGACGAUUCUCCAUAUCUGGAUGUCCUGCUCACUGAAAUAGUGAUGGACACAGCUGACGUUAGAAACACCGGACUUGGAUCAGCCUCUUAUGUAGAGGAAUGUGAAUGCCCUAUCGGAUACACCGGCCUGUCUUGCGAGCAAUGCGCCCCUGGAUAUCAAAGACGAGAAUCUGGCCCUUGGCUUGGUCAAUGUUAUCUAGUCCAGGGUCCUCCCGACUGUCCUAUAGGAUACUACGGGGAUCCUCUGAGGAAUGUUCCUUGCCAGAUGUGCCCCUGCCCACUCACCAAUCCAUCCAAUCAAUUUGCCCGGACGUGUCAUCUCGGAUCGGACGGUCAGCCAACCUGCGAUUGUCCAGCAGGAUACGUUGGUCGCAGAUGCGAAAAAUGUGACGUGGGAUACCGAGGAAACCCAUUUAUUCCAGGAGAUAUGUGUGUCCCCGUAUCUCGUUGCGAUCCUGACGGCAGUCUUCACUCGAUUGCGGAUCCCAUCACCGGCAGAUGUCGAUGCAAGCAAUACGCGACCGGUCUUACUUGCAAUCAAUGUAAGGCGAACACGUUCAAUUUGGCGUCGAAAAAUCAAUUUGGCUGUAUCAGCUGCUUCUGCAUGGGCAUCACCGACAAGUGCGUCUCCUCCAACUGGUACAGAAGUGACAUUCGAGUUUCGUUUACCAACUCCAUCAGAGAUUUCUCUUUGAUCGAGUCCAAAACACCAGACAGUCUACCAAUCACAGACGGUAUUCGGUUGGACACAGUCGGUCGCGAGAUCAUCUACAACGACUUCCCUAAUCGUGGCAACAACGACGUCUAUUACUGGCAAUUGCCCAGCAUCUUCCUGGGCGAUCAGGUCACCUCCUACGGUGGAAAUCUCACGUACACUGUCCGCUACGUUCCGUCACCAGGUGGCCAGAGCUCGAAGAACAACGCCCCGGACGUUGAAUUGAUCAGUGCCAACGACAUCAACCUACUCUACUUCUCCAGAGAGUUUCCCGAACCGAAUACUCAGCAAACCUUCACGGUCCCCCUGCUGGAACAAUAUUGGCAACGUAACGACGGGACACAGGCUGACAGAGAACACCUGCUAAUGACAUUGGCUGACAUGCGUGCGAUCAGGAUCAAAGCAACGUACACCACGCACACCGACGAGGCUGCCUUGUCAUUGGUAUCCCUGGACACGGCCGAUAAGUACAACACGGGCAGAGCCAGAGCCGUGGAAGUUGAGGAGUGCUCAUGCCCGAUCGGUUACAAGGGACUGUCUUGCGAGGACUGCGACGUUGGAUACACCAGAGCCGGCCAAGGUCUCUAUCUUGGUACUUGUCAACCUUGCAGCUGCAACGGCCACUCGAAUCAGUGCAAUCCCGAAACAGGGAUCUGCGAGAACUGCGCCCACCACACCACCGGCGACUUUUGCGAGGUUUGCGAGCCAGGAUACGAGGGUGACGCCGCUCGAGGAACUGCCGACGAUUGCAGAAACUCCGGAUCGCCUACUCCAUGUUUCUGCAGCGAGGAGGGUUCACGCAGCAGGUACUGCGUCGGCGACAGAUGCGACUGCAAACGAAACGUCGAGGGGCCUCAGUGCAACAGGUGUCGUCCAGGAACGUUUGGACUGUCCGCGGAGAAUCCGGACGGAUGCAGCGAGUGUUACUGCAGCGGGCUGACUGACCAGUGUCACGAGAGCUCCCUGUACGUUCAGCCUAUCGCCAUGUGGGUCUACGACAAUCAACACCGGUUCACUCUGACUGAUUCGACCAGGCAGGAAAUCAUCGAUCAUCGUGAUUUCGAAUUGAACCUGGCCACGAACGAGAUCGGGUACCGUUACCCGGACAACAGAGGACGCAGACUGUUCUGGUCCCUGCCGCCAAUCUUCACUGGCAACAAGGUGAAGAGCUACGGAGGAAAUCUGAACCUGACUCAACAUAUCACUGCCAUACCCGGUGCUCAGACGUACAAGGAUCAGGAUAUUAUUUUGAUUGGAAACGGGAUUACCUUGUUCUGGACGAAUCCCAAUGAUAUUCAACCUGACAUUCCAUUGAACUACUCGGUACCGCUUAGGGAAUCAGAGUGGAAACGAUUGACCACCGAGGGGCCGCGAGUCAGCUCCAGAAUCGACUUGAUGGCGGUUCUCUCCAACUUGGAGGCGAUUUUGGUUCGUGCGUCGCACAGCGAGGGAAUGAGGGCCACCUACAUUAGUGACAUAAGCAUGGACACAGCGGUGGAGCAUGCGACUGGCAACAGAAGAGCUGUUCAAGUGGAGGUUUGUCGCUGUCCGACUGGUUACGUUGGAACAUCCUGCGAGUCGUGUGCCAGAGGUUACUACAGAGACACGAACGAAAGAUCCGUCAGUUACUUGGGCUCCUGUAACCCAUGUCCAUGCAACAACAACGAGGAGAGCUGUGAGAUGACACACACAGGCCACGUGAAAUGUCACUGCCAACCAGGUUACGUUGGCCAAUACUGUCAAUACAACGAUGAACUGAUGGUAAGUCUAACGCCAAUGACGGGCACGGUAAAGGCAAACUCGUGGGUUCUGUUCACGUGCAAUUACGAAUCGCCAUACUCGCUUUCUAUCUCUUUCACAAUGACACCGUGUGAUGAUUGGCCAAUAACCGCGUCCAGCAGCCCACCAGGGCCCAUUGAAAGAACAGCUAAAGGAUCAUCGAGAAGCUGGAACGUUUACGUCCGGCAAAAUCCUUUCAAUGUAGUGUGCUGCAUCAGGGACGUUCACGGACAGGAAUUGAUCAAAGUGAUGACGACAGUCAAACCAGAAGGUAGCACCACACCGUCUAGCACAACACCUCCUCUCCCACCAAAAAUUGUGGUUCACAUCAGAGGACCUGAGUUCCAGAUCAUUGAAACAGGAGGUACCGUUAGGUAUCAUUGCUCAGGAAGAUCUGUAGAUGAAGGAUCUCUGCAUAUCAGAUGGGAGAAAGAAGGUGGUGAACUACCAAUUGAUAGAAGCGUGGAUGACAGUCAUGGCUUGUUGAUUAUUCGAGACGUAAAAGUAUCUGAUAGCGGCAUUUAUGUUUGUCAAGUGAGCGAUGGAGUGCAUGUUGGCUACAAGAACGUCACCCUCACUGUUGGAGCUGUACCAAGGAUUGUCGUCGAGCCACCAUCUUUACAAGUAGUAGAAGGGGAACCAGCAGAGUUUCGGUGCGAAGUCACCGGAAAUCCACCGCCACAGAUCGAAUGGGUUCGCGUCCAUGGCCCUAUGAGCUCAAAAGUAAUAAUUCAUAACGAGAUUCUGAUGUUCAGAUCUGCCUCGAAGUACGACGCCGCCGAGUAUAAAUGUCUGGCAAAGAAUAACGUUGGCUUGGAUGAAAGAUCCGUCAUUCUUCACGUUCAAGAAAGGCCCCAAACAACUGGAAUACCGCCAACAAUCACUCCGCCACAGUGGACGGGCCAAGUUGGAGAAACAAUUGUGAUAACGUGCGUGUCGUCUCAAGUGGCCAACGUCACCUGGUCUAGAGAAAGAUUUCCACUGCCUUCCACAGCCAGCCAACGUGACGGUGUCUUAACGAUUGUAAAUCCGACCCAUUAUGAUUCCGGUACCUACGUUUGCACAUCGACCAGCUUCAUAGGAACAACAACCAGCAGGACUAUCAACAUAACAGUGAUGCCUGAGAGGCCAAGACCUGUCAGCGUAACACCUGAAAGACAGACUGUCCCUCAGGGCAGUACGGCUGAAAUAAGGUGCAUAACAAACGGAGAACCCGGCGAACACGUGAGAUGGAGCAAGUAUCUUCAACAGCUGAGCUCUAACGCGCAACAAAUCGGAGAUACCUUAAAGUUUGUCAAUAUCCAAAUUGCUGACAGAGGUAUAUACGUGUGUCAUGUGACUGGAUCUAGCGGUAGUCACGAACACAGUGCCAUGAUUGAAGUCGAACCUAGGGAACCUCCAUGGGUGGAAAUCUAUCCCAGUAAUGUGCCUCCAGUCACUUUGCACGGGUCCACGGAUCUCCAGUGUCGAGCAACUGGAAUCCCUACGCCGGAGCUACAUUGGUCCCAUGAAAAUGGCCGACCAUUCCCUUUUAAUAUUAAACAACUUCCUGGUGGCGUUCUGAGACUUGCCAACGUCACAGAGAACGACGGUGGCUCUUACGUCUGUACAGCUGUCAAUAACAUCGGUUCGACAUCUGCAGUAGUAUACAUAGAAGUUCAGUCCGUGCCAACCAUCAAUAUAUCGCCGCAGUCUGGAAUCUUGAGCGUUAGGCCUGGAGAUAGAGUGCGAUUACUCUGCAGCGCGAGUGGACUUCCGCAACCUAGGGUCACUUGGAGCAGAAAAUCAAACGUGCCGCCUGUUGCAACCAAUGCAUUGGCAGACACUCCUCAUCAAGCCGUUUACGAAAUACACUCUGUUUCUUUGAAUGAUGAAGGUUCAUACAUUUGCCACGCUAUUAACGAAGCAGGGAGCAGUGAAGAGCGAGUCUACAUCAGAGUGGAGGAUCCUAUAACUGACGACAGAGAUGACAACAGUUUGUCAAAGGACUAUCUCAGGAUCCCCGAUGGUGGCAAAGUAGAAAUGCGUUGCAACAUACACGAUUACAACGGAAACAGGAUUUAUCUUGAUUGGAAGAGAGCGGAUCACAGUCCUCUGCCAGCUGGUAAUAUCGUUGACAAUGGUGUGCUGAUCAUUCCUGUUGUGAACAAGAGCGCUGCUGGAGAUUAUGUUUGCACCGGAACGGACCAAGUUGGCAAUGUCCUCGUCAAGGCUACCUUCCACGUUGAAGUAUUAUCUCCUCCAAGAAUCGUAUUAGUUCCGCCAAGACAGAUUGUUCUUUCCGGAGAAAAUCCAUCAAUUGAGUGCCGUACAACUGGGGAUGAACCAAUGACCAUCGAAUGGGACGCCAUAGGGCGUAGCUUACCUCACUCGGUUACACACCAUCGUGGACUUCUUCAGUUCCAUGGAAUCACUUAUUCUGACGCUGGAAAGUACGUUUGUAAAGCUACCAACGAGGCAGGAACUGCUGAAGCUGUCGCUGAAGUUCUGGUGAAUGAACAUGGGAACGAAGAGGUAAAAGCUGAUCAAAAAGAUAUAUUCACAUAUGCUGGACAAGCUGUGCGUUUGCGAUGCACGAUCGGAGAGAAAGCUACCGUACAUUGGUCCAGGGAAGAACAGCCAUUGCCACCUGGUGCUAGGAUCGUAGGAGAUUACUUGGAAAUACCCAGAGCAAGACCGGAAGACAGCGGAAGAUACAUCUGCCAGGUUCAAACCCCUCAUGGAGUCUCUAGCGACUAUAUUAACUUGAAUGUUUCACUAGUUAAUAUGCAUAUGGAUUGUACGCGUGUGAGCCCGGCGCAAUGCGGGAGACGCCGUUGCAUCUGCAGCGUUCAAGGAUGCUUUCUGUUGGAUUACUAUUGCAACAUGAAUGCUCUCGUCUAUCCUGAUAAUCGCGAGUACUUCAACAGCAAACGGUGGAUUCGCCACUAUCUUCAAAAACCAAGCGCUACCACAAUGCCUUCUGUCAGCGUGGAAGUCUCUCAAGACCCGGUGAACAUUGGCGACAACAUCGAUAUACGCUGUGCAUGCUCUGGGACUCACAAUCCGCGUUACCACUGGUCCCGACCUAACCAUCCUGGACUGCCAGAAAAUGCUCAGGCAUACGGGCACAUUCUGAGAUUAUCUAACGUGGCUGUCAGUGACAGUGGACUGUAUAGGUGUACCGCGGACACUCCCGAAGGCAUCUUUGAACAGGACUUCAAUCUCGUUGUCCACGGUGGAAACAACGACGCGCCAGCUAUUGAAACCAAGAACGCUCCUUACGGCUCCAGCGUGGAUAUGGAUUGUCGUCCAAACAUUGACCCACCGAUGAAAUUCCACUGGAGCAAAUUGGGAGGCAUUUUGCCAUCCAAUGCUCAGAUUUCCGAGAAUAAAUUGAAGUUAACCGACGUCAAGGCAGACGCUGCAGGCACCUACAUCUGCACUGUGAGCAACGAUCAUGAGAACAUAGAAAUACCAACAGUACUUGUGGUAACAGGCGUAGUCCCGUACUUCAGUCAAGCUCCUCAAAGCUAUAUCGCUUUACCACCGCUGGCUGACUCCUAUCUGAAGUGCAACGUCGAGAUCUCCUUCAAACCACAAAGCUACGACGGUAUAAUUUUGUACAACGAUGAAUCUAAUCGUGGAAACGAUGCUCAAACUGGAGACUUUAUCAUGUUAUCACUGGUUAGGGGCUACCCACAAUUCAGCUUUGAUCUCGGCUCUGGACCAACUAUAAUUCGAGCAGAGAAACCUGUAACACUCGGAGAAUGGCAUACUAUAAAGCUCCAACGUCACAGGAAGGAGGGAACCAUGUUAGUCGAUGGUGAAGGACCUUACAAAGGUAUUGCAGCGGGAAGAAAGCAAGGAUUGGACGUGAAGUCGUUAUUAUUUGUCGGUGGAGUGCCCAGUGAUAAAAUAAUCUCCAAGUAUGCAGAAAUCAACAGCGGUUUCGUUGGCUGUAUCAGUAGAUUGGUGAUCAGAGAGAAGGAAAUUGAUCUAAUUGGUGAUCAAACAGACAGCUUUGGAAUUACUAAUUGUGAGACUUGCGCUGAAAAUCCUUGUAAGAACGGUGGUGUAUGUCAAGAAGCUGCUACGAAGAAUGGAUACGUUUGUCUAUGUCGUGCUGACUACAGUGGAAAGCACUGUGACUAUGUCGGCCAGUCUUGUUACCCAGGUGCGUGUGGUGAGGGCGAUUGCGUGAACAAGGAAACAGGCUUCGAAUGUUACUGCCCUUAUGGAACAACUGGAGCUCGUUGUGAGAACACGAUGAAGAUCUACGAACCAGCCUUCCAUGACGAUAAAUCCUUCAUAGCACACGAAACGCCUAAAGCUCUCAGACGGCCGAGAAUGUACCAAACAAAUCAUCCAUUACGAGCACGCAAUGCACAAGUUAGAAAGCCACGAUCGAGGCCACAUCACCAUAAUAAGCUGCACCACACGAAACAUUAGUCCUUCUUUUCCACAACCAAAACCUCUUUGAUGCACGUAAUAAUAGAAAAAGAGAAAACGAAAAUGAAGGAAAAGUCAUUUAUUACUAUUAAAUGUUUGUAGAGAACGAAUCGAUUCUUACGUAACUGCUAUUUAUAGUUGUCAGUGAGCAUAUAUAUGUUAUAUGUGUAUUAUAUAUAUUUUUUUUAUGAGAAUUUUAUUUACAAUUAAUUAGAUCUUUUUUUUCCUUUGUGUCUGCCUCAUAUGUGUCAUAGAUGAUUAUGUUGAAGCCUGUAUAGUGAGUAGUUCCUUGGAAUGAACCUCAUGGUGCUGUAAUAUUAGAAUAUCAGUCAAUACUUACGUUCUACUUUUCAUGUAUCAACCCUUUACAGGCCCAAAUAAUUAUUCUAAUAACAACUAAUUAUUUCAAAAACAAUUCUUGUUGAUAGAGCUCUCUUAUCUUUCAACUCGUUGGAUUUUGGACUGUAAAGGGUUCUUUUGUACAGCUUCUUAAAUAAUACAUUUUAACGCAUUGUGUUAGUCAUUUUUAAUUAUUGUUUAAAGUAAGCCAUUAAUAAGGUCACUGCCAAACAAGAAAUGCAUUUUACAAUAAUAUCAAGAGCUUAUUGAAAAGAUUAUUAGUGUUGUGGCAUUGUACGUGUAUCAAGUACACAUUCAACACAUUUUUACACACACACACACACACACACACUUUAUAUCUGGCACAUCUUGAAAUGUUUGUACUUAUUUUGUAAGAACCUGUUUGAUGUAUGUGCCAUAAGUGAUGUGUUUCUAGGGCCAAAAUGACCGUUUAUAUGUAUUCGACGGCUUCGAGCGAUGCUAUAAAUAUAAAUAUAUGUCUUGAGAUGCAAAUAAAAAUUGAUUUAACAGGA